AUGACACGACAGUUGCUUCCGAUAAGCAGGAUUCCUUAUUCAUGGAUCGGUCAACUGGAACUGCCUGGGCUUUACGUACUAGAUAUUACUGAUACUCUUACUGAUGCUGUCGCUGAUGCUGAUGGUGAUAGAAUUGUCUUUGAUAUUGUUGCUGCUGCUACUGAUUCUGCUGAUAUUGUUUCGUUUGCUGAUGAUGAUGCUGCUAUUGCCGCUGCUGAUUAUGAUAUUUCGGCUAUUGCGGGUAUUGGGCAUACUGAUGCUGCUGAUCGUACUGUUGGUGAUGAUCAUAUCGCUCUUGAUAUUACUGCUGCUUAUACUGCUGUUGCUAUCGUUCUUGACCAUGAUGGUGUUUCUUUUACUGUUGGUGAUCAUGAUGCUUUUCUUGCUGCUGUCUUCGCUGCUUCUGCUGCUGGCGCUGAUAAUGACGUCGUGGUUGAUGUUGUCAAUGCUUCUGUUGUUCCUACAACUGAUGUGAUAAGGAUGCGCCGCGUCCUUUUAUUAGGACUACCAAGCUGCGAUCCUGCGCGACACUCCACCCAAGGACGAACUGCUACACCACAGCACUGUCCGCGUCGACCCUCUCUCUCUGCAAGUACAGACAUCAAAGUACAGACAUCUGGGGAUCGACUGGACCUAGAACAUCGCUGGUUCCAUUCGGCCUACCUCCAAGCUGUCGCCUUGAGACCUGACAACACUCCUCCAAGACUACACGACCGAACUACUACAAACGAUUAUCUGUAA